ACUUUCUGUUUCGAUUUAUCUGUAUGUUCUAUUUUCAGUAAACCAAGUACAAUUCAAGUCGUGACUGAUCUUAAAAUUGCAUUUUAUCACAGCAGCGAUAAAACAACACAGGUACUUGUCGCACCUUAUUUUAAGAAUAUAUGUCAAAGGUAGGCCGAAGUUUAUAUUCAGAAGUACUUCAACUGAAAUAACAAACAUAACGAAACUUUCUUAUAGACUUAAAAAAAGUGAUCAUGUGAUGGAAUCGCUUUCAGUCCAUAUACAUUUUGUUCUGGCCCUGUUUUAAGUUACGUAAUUCUGACGAAGUUUGAUUCGAGCUCCUGUGGGAGCAACCGGUUAAUGUACUUCAUGUGUGUUUAUGUUGGACAGGUCUAAUUAGAUAAUAUGUUUAUCAAAAUGAAAUAUGCGUUUAGUACGUACCGCUACACUGAAGAUAAAUGAUAGCCAGGCGAAGUGACUGAGAAGCACGACCAACUAUGGGCGGCAGUUCGUCAAAAAAGCAGAGAGAAAUAAUAGAAUUUCAGAAACUUAUCGUGGAAGUUGAUACUUACGCAACUGACCUAGCAAAAUCUCUGGAUUCCAUUCAUCGAGUUGCUAAUGACUUUGUAUCUCAACUUGAGGAUAAGGAAGCGGGUUUGGCAGAUAUUAGCUGUUCAAACGUGGAACGGUUGUAUAAAAAACUAAUAAAUUUAUAUGGGACUGCUGUUCAUCUUUUGGUUGCAAUUGAGGCUGGAAAGCAAAAAAAAGAGCACUUGAUCAAUCAAGUCAACAAGAACGUACAUAUUAUAACGAUGAAACUGGAACGAAUGUUCAAAAUCAAACUUGAAGGUUUCGCUACACUUUCGUCAGAUUCCUAUCUCGAAGAACAAGAUGCCAGGGAAACUACAUUUCUAAUAUCUCACAGUGAUAAAGCCCGUAAAAUAAUGGACGAUUCCAUUAGCUCAAUGGAAAUAAAAGGCGAUUUGCAUUUGAAAGUCCAGAAUUUAGAAAAGGAAAUACUGAAACUGAAAGAAAUGAUAAGGACAACAGGCUUAGAGAAGAGUGAAAAAGAGUUGAAGGAAAUUGAAGUUACCAAAGAACAAUAUGCAGUACACAAUAGCAAAACACAUAAUGGAACAGGUAUGAAUAUGGUUGGCGCCAAUGUUGACGUUUUCCAAAGAAAAAAUGGCGAAGUUGUGGAAAUGAGAUUUGAAGUCGAUCAACUUAAAUCGGAACGAGACAAACUUGAACGCGAAGCAGUUAUACUAAGAGAAAAUAUCGAAAAACUUGACAAAGAAUUGAUAGGUGUUAAAAAUCAACUAGAGAAUAAAGAAAUGGGUUAUAACUGUCUGAAUGAAGAAUUGUCUCGCGAAAAGGCUGCUUCGGUUAAGAAAGACCUUUUGACGAGAGAAAUACAAAGUCGUAACGCAAGUCUAGAAAAAGAGAAGCAGGUAUGUCAGGAAGAGUCAAAGAAACUGGCAAGAAAUGCAGAAGAAAAAAUUAGAGAAUUGGAAUGCGCCAGUCAGAUUUUACUGCGAGAAAAUGAGGCGAUGAAGCAAACAUUGGAGAAACUGAAAAAUAGGGCAUUUAUACAAGUUCAGUUAUAUAGCCAAACUAGUGGUGAUUUGAUUACGGCUAUUGAAGAAGAACUAAUGGCAUUGCUUAAAAGUCGGAUGAACAAUAACAACAACGAGCUUGAGUUCAUCAAAUGUGUUAGCCCAAACAACAUUCAAGCAGAUAAACCGCUUUUGCUUCUGUGCAUAAAUGCAUCAAGACUUGGUACCGACGUUUCGAAUGUACUGCAAGGAAUACAUAUAACAUCGAAGAUGGCAGUGUUGGUAUUUCAUCACAAAGAUGUACACGCUUUACCAAGCCAGGCCAGUGACCGUGUAUUGAGUGGACCGCAGUUUAGAGGUAUAGGAGGAAUAUUCGACAUGGCCUUUCUCUCUGGAAAAGGAAUCUACUCUUCUGAAAUGAAUGACAAUAGUAUAAUUAAUGUAAUGAACUUUAUUUCAAGCUGUGUCACAAAAAGCGAGACGAACGCUUAAUGAUAAAUAUAACAGUACUUUGUGUUUUGAAAAACUUAAGGUAUUAGAUCACUUAUAGUAAUGUUUACAAAAUGGCCUUUGUUUGGUAUAUUCUGAAAGGUAACCGUGUUUUGCACUAUUUUGCAAUUUUUAAACAACUUUUAGCGUGCCAUGUUUUAUAAAUUUUGUAUAACUUAUGGUAUCUACUCAAGCUCAAGUAGCGACAAAUUUCAAAGUGGUAGCCACUAUCCAAAACGUUUGCAGAGAACUCAUUUCACCAUACAUUUUAAUAAAAGAAACAUCAAACUAAUGGUAAACAAUUAUAAAACACAAAAUAAAAAUGUAAAUAUCAUUUUUGCUAUGGUGCCUCAAGUAAACGGAUUUAAUGUGGCAGAAUUCUUACUUCAACACUGAAAAAAUAAGGUCGAAUGCUGUGUUUCUGUUUUGAAUUUUGCUUACUCCAUUAAAAAAUAACCUGAGGACAGACGUAAAACCUACCUAAAUUUCUUCCACAAUAUAUAAUCUAAGAGAGAAAGCAAGAUAGAAUACUUUCACCGCGUGUAACUCAAUAUUUUUAAAGAUGUGUAACUCUACCCCUUCCGUUUAAGUAGUAAAUUCACUUUGAACACCAAGAAGUCACUAAUAAGAUUUAUCUUUUUCCAUUUGUGUACAAGAAAUCAAUAAUAAGUCUUGAAAGAAGUAAAAACGUAAUAGAAAAAGGGGAAAUUGGUCCAAGUAGGGCUGGAACCUACGCCCCUCCAAGAAUUGCUGUAAAAGUAGGUUUAUGGUAGGAAUUGAAUACUCUUCAAAAAGGAGGUUCUUUAUUAGUGAUCUAAUACCUUAAGUAUUGGAAAAGCAGAAAUUGACCAAUUCUUUAUCCAUAUAAUAAAUUAACUGAAUUCUGCUAUUUCUUCAAACGAAUUUGCUUUUGUAAUGUUCAUUUUCAGAUUUUUACAUGUUGAAGUAUAAUAAAACAUAAUAUUGGUAA